ACAAAAGCCAUCAAACAGAAAAGAGGUGAAAUUUUAUUUUCGUUUUCUGUUUUACCCUCAAAAAAGCGAAGGCAAAAGGACAGGGCAGGAAUACAGGCAGCAAAACGCGACACCCGCCUCGUAAGCAACCUGUACGGUGGCACGUUGUGAUUGCAUUCCGCACCCUCGAUUCCAAAGCAGCAGCAGCAGCACCAUCAGCACUACCCAAACAAUUUCGGGUCGAACCGUGCAACCAGCAGCAGCAGCAGCAGCAGCACCCCUCAUAUUCAUCAUCGUCAUCAUUAGCAACGCGCAAAACCCGUCCGCAAAGGGUGGACGGACGAAGGGACAGACGAACUCAAGAGGGUAAAAGCGCAUUCGUGUUUUGGGUGAACGCUGCACCAUCGUUUUUGGGACUGCCAGAACUGGGGACGAUCGUGUUAAUCUACCGCACGGUACAGCUGAUAGGCACACCAGCACACCAUUAGGUUGGAGUCAUCCUGCUUUUCACCAAACGCUGACAAAGAGAUGGAUCGAAAUAUGGUACGGCAGGGAGGCAUGUCGAUGUCACCGGGCGUGAUGCGAAGACCGGGCGGCAUGGGCGGCCGGGAUAUGCAUCCACAGAAUCACGCCCCGUCCUACCAACCACAGCAAAACCUGGUAUCGGCCACGGCCGGUGCCAUGCUGAACAAUGGGGGCAGCAGUAAUGGGCCACCGCCGCCGUCGUCGGUGGCGCCUCCUUCGGCGAUGCAUCCGGUAAUGCACCCGAUGCAGCAGAACCAGCAGCAGCAGCAGCAGCAGCACUCACAGCAAGUGCACCAGCAGCAGCAGCCACAGCAGCCGCCGCAGCAAACCGCACAGAUUCAACAUUCGCAGCAUGACGAGCUCAUUCGAUACAUAAACGAAGCAUGGAAUAGUAUAACUACCGACAAGAGCCAAAAGGCGCCAGUAUUCUACAAGAGUGGCACGGAGCCGCGAUUGUCCGGAUUCACACCAUUCGAUCUGGAGCGCUGGUGGGGCCAGCGGAUGGUACAUCACAUCAACAUUGGCUCACACGGACACCAGUGAGUGGUGCACGCAAGUGUACGAACAGGGGAAUGGGGGGGAGGGUGGGAUGGGAGGGUUGGGACAAGCGUUGUGGAAUUAGUGAAAGGGAAGAGGGGAAGGGGUGGGGGAGGGGGGAAGCAAGGAGGAAUGGAAGCAAGCCAGCCAGCCAGCUAAGAUUGCCCUUUGGCACACUGUUCAUGGACGUGUUCUUCGUCAUCCGCCGAACUGAAUGCUUCCAGUUUUCCUGCUGUAAAGUGACAAGGGUUAUCAUUUUCAGGUUUCCCUUUUAUCCAGCACCAGUGCACUGUAGCUGGUGCGUGUAAUGUGUGUAAAGAAUAAGUUAGAAUGAUGUUUUUAACGUUUUUGAAGUCAUUUCCUUUCAAUUUGCUUUUUUUUUUGGGAGCAAGACCGUCAGGCCCUUUGUGCCGUGUCCGUCUGCUUCGGAUUAACAAACCAAACCAACAGCGGCGGGGUGGGUUUCGAAUCUCUCGAUCGAUUCCCAUUCCUACUAAACUGAUCGUGAUUUUCGUGGUGAAUAUGGCACAAAAGUGUGCAAACGCAAUACAAGGGCAGAGAGUUGAAGGGCCCCCGUGCAAGACGUGACGGCACGAAAUUAUUUUAAACAAAAAUACAAUUUCAAUUUUAUAGCAACUGUUUUAAGUAUGUCAGAAAAUUUCGGUUAGGCAGAUACGAUGAAAAGCAGGGACAUGGAUAGGGAGAAGAGUGAACUGUCGAAGAGCGGCUUAAAAGCGGGGAAGGAUGUUGUAAUCAGAAGCAGUAGAAGAAGAACAAGAAGAUGGAGGAUGCGCUUAACAGACAGGAUCGGAAUGUAUUUGAAACAAAAUUGCAAUAUAGUGCAAAAGAGAGAAGUGAAGUGGGCGGAGAGAGAGAGAGAGAGAAGUUGAUUCAAAAUGAAGCGGAGCGAGAGAAGCUAAGAAGAGAGGAAAGAAGCUGAUUUAAAAAAAAGAGUGGACAACAACACAAAAACGCGCUGAAACAUAAACCAACAGCCCCGGUGGAGGAGUUUGUAGGCAAUUGCACAUUAUUUCUUCUAUUCCUCUUUCUUUUUUUCCCCCUCAUUCAUUCGAAUAUACACACAGUACUCAAGGCGCGCAAGGUGGCAAUAGAAAAAGCAUUGGUCGCGGGCACGGUGGUGGUGUAGUAGUAGUAGUAGUACGUUUAGUACCCGAAGAACAAACACAACCCACUGCGCGACGAUGCUGCUCAUUUUCCGUUUUACUACUACUGCUGUUUUACUCCUGCAGAGGACGAUCUACAGGACGAAAGAUAGAAAAGAAAGAAAGAUAAAACAAAUGGAACAGUUCCACAGUUGCAACCCGGAAAUGAUAACAAACACAAACAACCAUGUAAAAUUCCUUCGUAAUUUAAGCGUGGGGACACAGCGAAAACAAAGCUUCAAACGGGAUUGGCAGUGUAAUAAACUCUAUCAUUUGAAGAAAGGUGAA